CUCAAAGACCCGAUCCAAAGUCAAAACUGGCAAACCUUCACUCCACGGCUUCACUGAACCCAGCGACCACGUCUUCUAAUUUCUAAAACCCUAACAACGGCUACUCAGUUCUAGAGAGAACUCUCAAAGAAACGUUCAAUCAUGUACGGAGGAGAUGAAGUAUCAGCUAUAGUGAUUGACCUGGGCUCGCAUACUUGCAAAGCUGGCUACGCUGGCGAGGAUGCACCUAAGGCCGUGUUUCCAUCUGUUGUUGGAUCAAUUGAUCAAAUGGAUAUUGAUGACACUGCUAAUAAUGAGAAGACCUCUUCUGUAGAGUCUAAGAACAAUAUCAAAGACUCUGAAAAGGGCAAGGGCAAACAAAAAUUAUAUGUAGGAUCUCAAGCUGUAGGAUUUCGUCGGGACCAUAUGGAGGUGUUAUCACCUAUAAAAGAUGGAGUUGUUGUUGACUGGGAUAUGGUGGAUAGCAUAUGGGACCAUGCUUUAAGGGAAUGUCUGUUGAUUGAUCCUAAGGAGCAUCCUAUGCUGCUUGCAGAACCUUCUUCCAACACUCAACAGCAGAGAGAGAGGACAGCAGAGCUUAUGUUUGAAAAGUACAAUGUUCCAGCAUUAUUUUUGGCCAAGAAUGCUGUUCUCACAUCUUUUGCAUCAGGACGUCCGACCUCACUAGUUGUUGAUAGUGGUGGAGGAUCAACUACAGUUGCUCCUGUGCAUGAUGGUUAUGUCCUCCAAAAGGCAGUGGCUUCUUCUCCAGUAGGAGGAGAAUUUCUUACUGAUUGCUUGGUGAAAAGCUUGGAGAGUAAAGGUAUCACAAUAAAGCCCAGGUACUCUUUCAAGAGAAAGGAAAUCAGGCCAGGCGAGUUUCAGAUAGUGGAUCUUGAUUUUCCAAAUACAACUGAAAGCUACAGAUUUUACUCACAGAGGGUCAUUGCAGGUGAUAUCAAGGAAUGUGUGUGUCGAGCCCCGGACACACCCUAUGAUGAAAGUGCAUAUUCAAAUAUUCCAAUGACUCCAUAUGAGCUUCCUGAUGGCCAGACAAUUGAAAUAGGAGCUGAUAGAUUCAAGAUUCCAGAUAUUCUAUUCAAUCCGUCCUUGGCUCAGACAAUUCCUGGUAUGGAGAGUUUUGCGGAGAUUGCUCCUAAUGUUCGUGGUUUGCCACAAAUGGUGAUAGAGAGCAUUAAUAGGUGUGAUGUGGAUAUUCGGAGGGAACUGUUUAGCAGUAUACUGCUUGCUGGUGGCACAGCAUCAAUGCAACAGUUGAAGGAACGACUUGAGAAAGAUUUGCUUGAGGAGUCUCCUCAAGCUGCUAGAGUUAAAGUGCUGGCCAGUGGAAAUGCAACAGAAAGGAGAUUCAGCGUAUGGAUAGGCGGGAGUAUAUUGGCAUCUCUUGGUUCAUUCCAGCAGAUGUGGUUCUCCAAGUCCGAGUAUGAAGAGCAUGGUGCUUCUUAUGUGCAAAGAAAAUGUCCUUGAUAGCUUACUUAUGACAUGAGGCUGUAUCUGAUUUUUCUGGUGGAUAAGCUGUAAAAAAAAAAAAAAAAAUCAACUGCAUUGCAUCAACUCUCAUUUUGGGAUCUUAGGUAUGAAAGUAAUAUAUGCCAUAACACCAACAUUUUGGGGCACAUAUUCAUGUAGCCUUUAAUCUAAUUUCAGGCCUCCAGGCCUCAUCACAAAGCUUUCUUUUUACAAUGUAUUAUUGUUUGUCUAACUUGGAGUACCUUUUAUAUUAUUCUGUAGCCAAUUGUUUGACCCUGUAGCAUAGGUUUGUACCCAUUUGAAUAUAUAUAAGGCUGGACAUUGUCAUUGUUGGAAUGGCUAAA